UUAAGAAUGCGCAAUCGGUUGAGUUGAUGAACAAUGGUGGAAAACUGCACUUCCUGUCACACUAUUUGUUAGAAUUUCACUUCACAUAGCAUCUCGACAUUUUUCAUCUUUAUUCAUAAGUCACCAUGAAUUGUUACCAGAAGUUUUACACUAACCAGAUCCACUCCAGCUCACUGUUGUGUCAGCUGGCCACCAUGUGGAAGAGCCAGGUGCUAUGUGAUGCUAUAAUCCGGUCCGGAUCUGUUGUCACAAAGGCUCAUCGUGUGGUACUAGUGGCUGCCUGCCCAAUGUUACAGUCCAUGGAGAAUGCUGCAGUUGGAUCUCACCUGGAAGUGCGUCUGGCCGCAGACAUCAAACAGGAAUCCAUCCAGACAUUUCUACAGUAUCUUUAUGAAGGCUUCAUGAUGUUAACAGAACAGAACUGCCGGGAUGUAGAGAAGAUUGCUCGCUUGUUACAAGUGGAUAAUGUUAUCAAGUGUUGUGCAGACUUUAAUAAAUGCCUGAGCUCUAAAACGGGACAUAUGUCUGCUAAUGAUCAGUACAAGUACACAUUUCAUGACAUGGUGGAGUUUAAGCAUGUAAGAUCAUCAGAAAUGCAGAAGACAGUGCAGGAAAGAACCACCAAGAGGACUUCAGAUUUCCCCCAACCACCCAGUCCUGGAAACAAGAGACAGAGAACACAAGACAUGCAUGCUGAUGAUGCUGCAUCAAUGGCUAGCAGCUAUAGUCAUGUGGCUCCAGAUCCUUGGGAUCGAGUCCCAAAGUUAGGAAUGCCCUUUCAUGCAAGAGGAGGACAGGGAUCCCAGCAGCCAGGAGUUAUUGACAUUGUAGAGGAUAGUCUGGAAUUGAUUCAGACUGACCCUCCUGAUUCUAGUGGUGAUCGGUCAAACAAAGACCAGCGUCUGUCUCAGAAAAGUGUCUCCAUUGCAGUGGCCAGCAAAAUAAGUAACAAUACUAACCUACAGAUUGUUGAUGUGGCCACAGAACAGGCCAGACCUGAACCUAGAUCUCGCAACAGUAUGCCAUUACAUAGCCGAGUAGCACCCGCUAAUCAAACCCUCACAUCCACCGAAAACGGAAAGUCUACAAAUUCUCACCCAGCCCCCAAAGCAUCCAGCCAUUCUACCACACCAGUCAUGAAUGACAAAUUACAAGUCAGUAGUUCACCAGGCAUGUCCCCAUCAUCACCACACUUCAGCAAUCGUAGUUCUCCACAAGUCAGACCAGAGCCAUCAACACACAAGCCUUUUGCAGCAGGUAGUGAGAGUCAGAGUUCACAGCCACCACAACAGAACACAGAUUUGUCCAGUAACACAAAUGCUGCAGAGUCCAUAUCAGAUACUGGUACCAGUAAUGCUAGAGAAACACAAGAAGCAAACCAAAAGAAACCCUCAAAGCCUCCAUCUCCCGAAAAAACAAGCACUGAUCUCACAAUAGUUAAAAUUGAAUCUGACGAUGAAGAGGCAGCUGCAAUGGAAAUGUACAUCAAUGUCGCAGGGGGAGGGGCUGAGGCUAUCAGAGUUCAGAGGGCGGAGCAUGGUGACCUAGAAGAGGGAGAUCCCCAGGCGGAGUGGAUGAGAGAGGAUGUGUCUAAUGAGGAUAGCAAUGUCAGUGGGGAUCAGUCUAAUUCCUGGGUGUAUCCCCCUGGGGGACCUGCACAGUAUAAAGCAAACAAGAUUUCCAUGAAAGAAGAAGGGGCCAAUGCAGAGGGGACCGAAGAAGCAAAAGGAAGCACGGAGGAGGGUACUGCCGUCCCUAAGAUUGAUCCCAAAUUAUCGAAACGUUCCAAAGAGAAGGCAGAAAAACGGAAAUCGAUGCAGAAAAUGAUCAACAUGGAUAAUUACGCUGCCAUGGAAAAGUACCUCUCGUCCAUGCAGUCAGUUCACCAGUCUAUGUUGUCUUUGGCUACUUUGCCAAUAAACGUCACCGGACCAGACGGCCGCGCUUUAAUCUCACAAAUGAAGACAACAGAUUGGCCACUGUUUAACGUGGGGGGCGGCACUGCAGUCACUGAUGUAGAUUUCUCGCUUUCCCCUCAAAACGAGGCCGAAGUUUCCUCUGCGGAUCCAUUGGCACUGAAUUUGGUAAAAACGGAAUGCAAGAACUCUGUGGGGCAGUUGAGGACGGGAUUAGAUCGAUUUGGAGAACACAUGCACGCGCUGGUUCCAAUACCUGAAGGAAAGUACAAAACCUGUAGUUACUGUCAGAAAGUAAAACACAAAACCAAAUCGGGUUGGUACUGCUACACCACAUACCAGUGUCGUAAGUGUGAGAUACCAUUAUGUAAAAGAAAUAAGAAUUGUUUCAUGUUCUACCAUCGAGAUUUGGGCAUUCCUGAGCAAGAAUAUAUCCCUUUUGCUUGAACAUGUUUGAAACAU